CAGUUUUCGGAGCCGGGUGGUGCGGGGACUCGUUCGGAAAGUACCACCGGGAACGGACCGAGCGGCGGGGCGGAGCGGAAGGGUGUUUGCAAUGGCUGCUACUGUGAACUUGGAACUUGAUCCCAUUUUUUUGAAAGCAUUGGGUUUCUUACAUUCAAAGAGCAAAGAUUCUGCUGAAAAGCUAAAAGCACUGCUUGAUGAAUCUUUGGCUCGGGGCAUUGAUUCAAGUUAUCGUCCAUCUCAAAAGGAUGUGGAGCCACCCAAAAUUUCAAGCACAAAAACUAUUUCCAUUAAGCAAGAGCCCAAAGUGUCAUCCAAUCUUCCAUCUGGAAAUAAUAAUGUCAAGGUUCUCACAACUGAAAAAAUCAAGAAGGAAGCCGAAAAGAGACCUGCUGAUAAAAUGAAAUCAGACAUUACUGAAGGAGUAGAUAUUCCAAAGAAGCCUAGAUUGGAGAAACCAGAGACACGGUCCUCUCCCAUUACUGUUCAAACCAGUAAGGAUUUAGCUAUGGCUGACCUGUCCAGUUUUGAGGAGACUAGUGCUGAUGAUUUUGCCAUGGAGAUGGGAUUGGCCUGUGUUGUUUGUAGGCAAAUGACGGUGGCAUCUGGGAAUCAAUUAGUAGAAUGCCAAGAGUGCCAUAAUCUCUAUCAUCAAGAUUGCCAUAAACCCCAGGUGACAGACAAGGAAGUCAAUGACCCUCGUCUGGUAUGGUAUUGUGCCCGAUGUACCAGACAAAUGAAAAGAAUGGCUCAAAAAACUCAGAAACCACCACAAAAACCAGCCCCUACAGUUGUUUCUGUGGCUCCAGUUGUCAAAGAUCCAUUGGUUAAGAAACCAGAAACUAAACUCAAGCAAGAAGCAACUUUUCUAGCAUUUAAGAGAACAGAAGUCAAGACAUCCACGGUUAUUUCAGGAAAUUCUUCUAGUACCAGUGUUUCCUCUUCAGUAACUAGUGGCUUGACUGGAUGGGCAGCUUUUGCAGCCAAAACUUCCUCUGCUGGUCCCUCAACAGCAAAAUUGAGUUCAACAACACAAAACAAUUCCGGGAAACCUGCCACCUCAUCAGCUAACCAGAAGCCUGUGGGUUUGACUGGACUGGCAACAUCAUCUAAAGGUGGAAUAGGUUCCAAAAUAGGUUCCAAUAACAGCACUACACCCGCUGUACCACUGAAACCACCUCCACCUCUAACCUUGGGCAAAACUGGCCUUUGUCGCUCAGUUAGUUGUGACAAUGUCAGCAAAGUAGGUCUUCCUAGUCCGAGUAGUUUAGUUCCAGGAAGUGGCAGCCAACUAAGUGGGAAUGGAAACAGUGGGACACCAGGACCUAGUGGAAACACUACCAGCAAAACCACUUCAGAAUCCAGCAGCUCUCCCUCAGCAUCCCUUAAAGGUCCAACUUCACAAGAAUCACAGCUCAAUGCUAUGAAGCGAUUACAGAUGGUCAAGAAGAAAGCUGCCCAAAAGAAACUCAAGAAGUAAUGUGGCCAGGUUUUUAUAUCAUAUUAGCCUAAAGAUGAAAAGCUUAUUGUUAAGAUAUAAACUGUAAUAUGCUAUAAUUUAAUAAAAGUCUUCACAAUCAAA